GUACUUUACAGUAUCAAAACGUAUUUAAAUUUAACAACAUUAACAUCAAACUAUGCAAUCUUCGAUCCAUCAUCAGUUCAGUAAGGUCUAUGCAAUUAUCCUGCUCUUAACAAUUGGUCAUGUAAGAGCUGAAGAGCAAAUUGCGGACCAUAUUCGAAAAUGUUGCAUAAACGGUCUAAGACACGCUCGCAUCACAAACAAAUGCGAUGGGGUAACUACAUCCGUAUUGAAUAUUCCACAUAUAUAUUUCGGGAUGUGUUCUUCAACAUUUGGUGUAUGCUGCUCAAGAGAGCUUGAGCGUCAGAGCUGUGAUCUGGGCCGCUUAGCUGCACUGGAGGGGUCCAAAUGCGAUAAGCAACCCGAUGCCGGUGGCAGCAUUAGCUCCAACUCUAGUUUCAUCACCUGCUCUACAACAUAUACAGCCUGCUGUCGGGCUUGUCAAGUGGGUCUGGCGGUUAAGGCAAGCCAACAGAACUGUAGAGAUCCACUCUUCUCAUUCCUGACAAAUAUUGAAUCUUAUAGGAUAUGCUGCUCUGAUAAAGAGUUUUCAGAAUCUGAUGAAGAAGUUUUGCAUAAUCCGGCAAUUGAGUUCCCAGAAGAUGCCAAAGUGUCAGAUGUGGAGAACAAUGAGGGAAUCAAGAACAGUCAGGAGAACAGCGAUGGAACGAUAGUUCUAAAAGACGACGAUGAUAUUUGUGGCAAGGUUCCCAACCUUUGUCAGCAAAUAUGCGAAAACACAUUCGAUGCCUACAAAUGUAGUUGUAAUCCCGGUUACGUAUUGGACGACAACAAUGUCACAUGCACUUGGAACAAGAUAAAUAAGACCACGACUAAACAACACAGAUCAGAGAUAUCCGGUUCGAAUGUAUGCCCUAUUGGUUAUGUACUGGCGACAAGUCAAGGUCAAACUCAAAGCAAAUGCGUAGAUAUCGAUGAAUGCAAGGAAGAACUGCAUAAGUGCAAGACUACUCAAUAUUGUCAUAACACAAUUGGCGGAUACCGUUGCCUCAACGUAAAGGCCACGAGCUGCGAGGAAGGUUAUCGUUAUAACAUCGACACCGACCAAUGCGAAGACGAAAACGAGUGCAAACGCUCGCCGUCACCUUGCAAUUCAGGCCUCCAAUGCAUAAACUACCCUGGUGGUUAUGAAUGCCAACCCGGUUCCAUACCCCUUGAGAGCAGGACUUGUGGCAUUGGUUAUUAUUUACAGGAUGACCGUUGCACUGAUAUCGAUGAGUGCCAGAAUGGUACAACAAACACAUGCAACGCUGAUUUACACCAGGAGUGCAAGAACACUUUGGGUAGUUACCACUGUAACUGCCUGCCCGGCUUUAGCCUGGAUGUAACCCAACAUGAGUGCGUUGAUAUAAACGAGUGCUCGAUAAACAAUCACAACUGCUUGCCAACCCAAAGAUGUGAUAACACGAUCGGCUCAUAUAUGUGCACGCGCUAUACAUCAUGUGGUACUGGAUAUACACUCAAUGCGCAAACUGGCCAAUGCGAUGUAUGUGCAUGUUUUUCAGAUGAUGAUGAAUGUGCGGUAGGCACACAUAAUUGUCCUCCAAAUUACGAUUGUUACAAUACAAUAGGAUCAUUUCGUUGUCACAGAACGACGACAACAACAACAACAACAACAACUCAUAAGCCAUCAACUGCAAUAUCAAUGAGCACAACAAAAGCAACAACACCAAAAUAUGUGGCACAUCAGGUCUACAGUCAUUUAAAUUAUACUCCUAGUUUUCUAACUCAUAUAGCGGACCGACGGUAUCUGCCGGCCUGUACAACCGGAUUUUUCAGAAACCAUCUUGGAGCAUGUGUUGAUGUAAACGAAUGUAUUGAAUUACAGCCUUGCAAAAGCCAUGAACGUUGCCAUAACACCAAUGGUUCUUAUCGAUGCGAGAGCCUAUUGCACUGUCCCGUCGGCUUCAAGUCAACGACCGAUGGAAGCUCUUGCAUUGAUAUCAAUGAGUGCGAGACUGGCGAGCAUAAUUGCGAUGAUAAACAAAUCUGUCAUAAUCGAAAUGGAGGAUAUAUAUGUGCCUGUCCCACGGGACAUCAGGUAACUCGGCUAUCUAAUGGAAUCAAUAGUUGUGUGGACAUCGAUGAGUGUUCUCAAGAUCAACCACCAUGCUCGUCUAAUGCGCACUGCUUUAACACCAUUGGGUCCUUCUACUGUGAAUGUAAAUCUGGGUUUCAAAAGAAUCUGUCUAAUGAUAAGAAUAUCGAUGAAACUGGGAAUACACAUAAUGCUCAAUGCUUUGAUGUUGACGAGUGUCAAACCAUACCGGGCCUGUGCCAACAAAAAUGCGUUAAUUUCUGGGGUGGAUAUCGGUGCACCUGCAAUCCGGGAUACCAGCUUAGUCGGGACAAUCGUACUUGCAAUGACAUCGAUGAGUGCGAAGUGCAUAAGGAUUACAAGCUAUGCAUGGGAAUAUGUUUUAAUUCCGCUGGCUCUUACCAAUGCUCUUGUCCGCGAGGUUACACCUUGGCGGCUGACAAGACGUCUUGUCACGAUAUCGACGAAUGUGCUGGAUCCACUGGCAUGACACCCAGCAAUCAUGUGUGCACCGGCCGGAAUGAUGUUUGCACAAAUAUUCGAGGAAAUUAUAAAUGUACCACCAUCAACUGUCCGCACGGGUAUAUUAAGGAUCCAGAUGUCGACAACCGUUGCCGACAAAGCAGUAACUUUUGCGAGGGGGAGGAGUGUUAUACCAAGCCAUCUGCAUAUACUUAUAAUUUUAUAACAUUUAUAUCCAAAUUAAUGAUACCUCCAGAUGGACGAACAAUUUUUACGUUGCGUGGGCCUGUGUGGUACGAUGAUAUUGAUUUUGAUUUAAAAAUAUUGAGAGUUCAAGCGGCUUCUAAUAUAGAACGAGCUUCAGACAGACACUUUGACAUCCUUAAGAACAAGAAUCAAGUGAAUCUAAUACUUAAGAGAUCACUUGAAGGGCCACAGGAUAUAGAAUUGGAUCUAAGCAUGACAGUAUUUACCAAAGGAAUGCCCCGAGGAAAAAGUGUGGCGAAAUUGUUUCUCUUCGUAUCCCAGUAUACAUUUUGAAUUGUACAAAAAUUAAUUCUACGCUUAUACUGUACUAUAA